UUUCUUCCUUAAUUUUUUUGGUUUUCAUACAGGAUUAUCACGAAUCUGGUGCAGCAAUGCGUAUCACCACAUCAGCAAUCUUCUUGUGCUUCGUGCUCUCCGUCAUCAGUCUCACCCAGCGCGUCCAGAGCCGUCCUCUCCCCGGGGCCCAACCCCGCAGCUGCCCCAUGAAGUGCCGCUGCGUCACGGUGUCCAAGCGCCUACUCGCCGUGUCCCGUCGGCUGCAGAAUUACGCGGCGAUGUUUGACUGGAAGGAGGGGGCGGGGGCAGCGGUGUGUUGGGGGAAGAGGGAGGUACCCACAGAGCUCCUGUCAGGAGUCAGCUAUCUGCUCUUGAUCGGGGACGAUUCGCGAAUGGGCAUUAUUGAUUAUGACAUGACUAGCUUUGGAGAGGUGACUGUAGAACCAGACGUUGAAGAAGAAUCACGCAUCAAACGAAUCCCGCCUGGGACAUUCGCGAAUGGGGCGGGGCUGGUGCAUCUGGACAUACGCGGCAAUAAGAUCACAGACCUCGAGCCCGAUAGCUUCGUGGGAUUAGAAGAUCUGGAGAUACUCUCCAUUAAGGCUAACCGAUUGAGAGCGCUACCUCAAGACGCUCUGCACAAUGUACAGAGUCUCAUGAGAUUGUACCUAUCAGGCAAUCACAUCCGAACUUUGCCAGAAGGAAGCUUCAUCAACAACACCAACUUGCUGGACUUGGACCUUGGUGCCAAUUUGCUGGAGUCUCUCUCGCCGAGAUCGCUGAAAGACCUCUCUCAUCUUCGCUUUCUGAAUAUGUCUCACAAUCGUCUGGACCAUCUUCCCGAAGAACUCUUGGUUGACCUAGUAGGGCUCCAACAGCUGAUUCUUGACGACAACAAAAUUGAAAGUCUUCCUGAAAAUUUCUUUGCAAUGAACUCCAACCUCAAAGUUGUUUCACUGAAGAACAACAGACUGCAACAGCUUCCUCAGUCGGUCUUUAUCUACCUGACGAACCUGUUGGAGCUGGAUCUAUCCGGUAGUAACCUGAUCGCGCUGGGCGAAUCCAUGUUCUCACCAGUAUCUGUUCUGCAGUACUUGAACGUAUCCCACAAUUCCCUGACAGAGCUGAAUAAGCAGUCAUUCGAGAACUGCACCGAUCUCAGAAUACUGAUCGCCAGCUCUAAUAAGCUGAGUGAAAUUACAGGCAAUACUUUUGGCCAGCUCCCCUCUCUUCAAGAACUCGUCCUGGACGGUAACGAAAUAUCAGUAUUGCCUCCAGGUUCUUUACGUGGUUUGACAGGCCUGGAGAUUCUAGAUCUUACCAACAAUGCAUUGCGGCGCCUCCAAGCACACACGUUCUACGGACUCGAGAGAUUGACCUCGCUGCGGCUUGACAAUAAUGAAAUUUCAGAAAUUGAACCAGGUGCCUUCAGCGUCGGUCCAGCUUACAGCAUGUCGAAACUAACCUGGUUAUUCCUGAGGGGUAAUCAUCUGAGGGAAUUGACACCUGAUAUGUUUAAGGGAGCACCCUUUGUGAAGAUGCUGAAUCUGGCAGAAAAUAAGAUUUCUGUCAUCCAAGCUUCUUUUCUAAGAGGAUUGAGAAGAUUAGUAGCCCUGUCUUUACACGGAAACAGACUCGCAAGCCUACAGGAGAGAGCAUUCUCAGACGCAUCUAACGUCCAGAGCUUAGAUCUGAGUGGAAACUUUCUCCAUCAGGUUGAUUAUGGCGCCUUCCUGGGAUUCGACUCACUCCUCGAACUCAACAUGGCGGACAACGAGUUGGACGAGACCACCUGUGAUUGGCUGGAUGUUCUGACGUCACUUAACGUGCUGAAUCUGAGAGGGAAUCGCUUCGCGCGUGUGCCGGCUGCGCUGCUAACCUCCCUACCAGACUUGACUCAGCUAUCUCUGAAGCGGAACAUUUUGGACACGUUCCGCAUUCCCGAGCACGACCGCACGAGGGGGCUCUCCCGCCUGGACAUCGCAGAUAACAAUCUCCAGACAAUUGAGGGCGGGCUACCGGUCAUCUUGGCCCCUGGGAGCUCAGUGGAUCUCUCUGGCAAUCCUUGGCUCUGUGACUGCGCACUGGUGUCUGACGUAAGAGAGAUGACGUCAGAGGGCACUCAGCUAGAGAAUGUGGAUGAAACGCUUUGCAGAAUCCCGGGACAAGAAACUAAUCAACAGGAGUUGAUGACUGCAGUUCAUGAAGACAGCACCCUCUGUGGUCUGCAGGAGCUUCCUGCCCUCUCGCAAAGCGACGGACUGGUCAAGUCGAGCAAGACAGCACAAGGAAAGUCUCACUGCAAGAAACAUGCUUUUGUGUCUAAAGCUAACAACACGUGGCCGAUGUACGCCGUUGUGUGGAACGCAAAGAACAAGUCAGCGCUUUGCAAUGCCGCCCUCAUCGGCGUGGACUGGGCAGUCACGACACUUCGCUGUCUGGAGCAGAUACAGCACGACUUAUCCAGCUCCGUGCCGAACAUCUUCAGAGACAUUGUGAGGCGGGAACAAGACAGUCUGCUCAUGGCACCGCCAGGUCUGGUAGCCCGACUCGGUAAGCGCAAACACAUAGGCGAGUUUGAAGCUGACGAACAGGCCUACGGGAUCAUGAAUAUUCACAUACCUGCCAACGACCGCGGAGCCGGUUUAGACCGGCCCGUUCUGCUCCAGUUUGGUUCCUUAGCAGCUCUGACUGAACAGGUCUUCCCAGCAUGCAUUGCAGAUUCUUCAGUCAAAGUUCAAAGUGCGAUUGCCCUAGGGUGGGGCCAGAAACGGAAGGGGACUCCACGUAAGGUAGCCCUGCAAAGCUCCCGGAUGUCACUUGGACACUGUGGCAUAGCCAAUGAUGUCAUCAAUGAGGGAAUGUUAUGUGGGGUCAGGGCAAGAGGAAAGUCCAUUGAAUAUUCAAUCGAUGGAAAUAUGGGCGGGGCUCUGGUUAUGAAAAGGGGGCGUGGCGAUUGGGUUUUAGUAGGUUUAGGCACUCGAAUAGACAAAGGUCAGAGUAUGUUCAUUGAUCUCACCCAGCAUGUCGGAUGGAUUGACCAUAUAAUUGAACGAGAAAGAUCCAGGAAUAACUAGUCAGUAUACCUUGUGGUUUACUAAAGAUAACCGAAGAAAGGGUUGAUUUUUGAACCUGCCCUUCGGAAUGUCAGGUUUCUGACUAGCGCCCCCAACAGAGAUCGGACGAAGUAGGGCUGGAGAUGAAUCUGGGCACGUCCAUGAGUCAUACAAGGCAACUGCCAUGUAACAGAUUAUCUAAACAUUAGUUAGCAUGCUCAGUGUUUUCGCCAUUGAAGGGGGCCUUCGUGAUAGAAUUGACAGCGUGCUCGGAUUGGUGUAUAUACUGCAUGUAUACGGUAUUUAGGAAGUUGUCUUGUCUAUUCAAAAGUCGAACGUUUUUUUUUCUAAGUGGAGAUCAUUAUGCACUAAGACGACUUCUUGCAUUGUGCCUAUUGCAGGAAUAAUAUACAUAAAUAAUAUAGAGAAGCAUUGCUCCACGCUUCCGCAUUAGGCUGCCAAGGACUUUUAUAGACCAUAAUUGUUGAGAUUCCUUCGGCACUUUGGUGCCGUUUGGGGAAACAAAGCUACUCCAUUUGAAAUUUUGUUUGCGCAUGUUGACAUGUCAGUUUGGUAGGCCUGCACAUAUUGUAUGUAUAUAGUUACAUGUGUAACCGUAUGUAGUUGAAUAGUAUUUCAGAGCAAAGUAUAUUAGGGGCAAUUCAGAAUUUUCACUGUUUUAAAAUCUCGACUUUUUUUUCCAAAUUAUUUUGACCCACCCACCCAUCCUCUAAUUUCGAUUAAUAAAAAACUGAUUUGUU